UGCAGCCAAAUAGAGAGAACUUUGAUACCACUUCUACGGCUUUGAAUGCGGAUCAAUUGCUAUGCGGAGCAUUCAAUGCCCUGCAAAAAUUAUUGAACUAAGUCGUUCUUUUGUUAGUCAAAUUUCGUUCCCAAGAACGGAACAAAAUCAUCCGAAUAAGAGUGAACUACUAUUACAAUGAACUUGUUAUUUUCGAUCGGUCACACUGAACACAAAUUAAAGCAAGCGCCGAUGCGCCCUUGAAUUCCAUCAAAUAUAUUUUCGUUUAAAAAUGUCGCGUUGUUUAUCGCAUGCACUGGUCAAAUAUCAAAAAGAUUUGGACUUAGGCAUUAAGGAAUUAACGAAGGAAUGGGAUGAGUCCGAUUCAGAAUUAGCCCAGCGCUUAAUACAACCUGAUAGAGUUUCUAGUGAAGACCUAAGUCGUCAAUAUAGUCCUGAAGAUGUCCGACAAUUGUGUCUGCGCACCAAAGUGCGUGUCGAUAUGACGCUUUUCAAUUGUCUAUGGGACGCAAAGAAACGUUUCGAUAAAAAGGAACGCCUGAAAAAUCGUUCCGAAGUCUUCAUCAACAAAAUGUACAUCAAAGCGGUGGCGAAAAAAAUGGUGAUACCAUAUGAACCGAAAGAAAUUGAAAAAUCUGUGCAUAUUCGUCGUUGCAUACUCAAGAAGCGUAAUAAUCUACGUUUAGACAGAUGGAAUAAUUUGCCAACCCAAGAGUCAUCAACAUCGUUGUCCAUUGAGGAGAUCAGCGAAGACCAAGAGCCGUCAUUAAUGUUGGCGCAAAUACCCAAUGGAUUGCCCAGUAAUCCCAAUGGAACUACUAAUCUACAUUUAGACAGAUCGAAUAACUUGCCAAUCCAAGCCUCGUUGCCCAUUCAGGAGAUCAGUGAAGACCAAGAGCCGUCCUUAAUGUUGGCGCAAAUACCCAAUGAAUUGGCUAGUAAUCCCAAUGGAUCUACUAAUCUACAUUUAGACAGAUCGAAUAACUUGCAAACCCAAGCCUCGUUGCCCAUUCAGGAGAUCAGCGAAGACCAAGAGCCGUCAUUAAUGUUGGCCCAAAUACCCAAUGGAUUGGCUAGUAGUCCCGAUGGUAGCAGAGUCGCGUCUGAUAAUACAAUUAACUAUCCAGUUGCCGACAUAUCGUCAGGACCCAUUUCCAGUGAACCUCAACUUUGGCACUUCGGAAAUACCGAAAGCGAAGUUCUUCAAUUGCCCACGAUUGCUGUAAACGAAGACGUCAAUAUGUCAAAAAAUGCCGGAGCCAAAAAUGCGAAAUUGGCUAUAAAUAAUGAAUCUAAAGAUGCCCAGAAAUCCAAGGAGGAGAGUUCGGAAAAGUCAGGAGUCGAUUGGGAAAAUGCAGCGAUGGCAAUCGAUCCUGAAUCUAUGACCAUCGACUCCGAUAUGCAGACUCCACAAACAGAGAGUGAACCAAUGGCUGAAGAUUACUCCAUCUUCAACACCCAAGUGCCCUGCACAUCAACGCAGUCCACUCAAAAUACUGAUGAUUUUCUUUAAUUUUUUUUCGCACUUAUUUAGAAGUAUUAACUA